AUGCCGUAUGCCUUCUCGACCACUCAAUCGACCUGCGUGGCCACCUUCAGGAUUGCAGGGCUGCAAAAAGCAGAGGGUAAUGCCGUGUUUAAAUUUGAGCCAUUUGUUCUCCAUGUCCAGUGCAGGAAGAUAGAGGAUGCACAGCUCUUGCACUCUGUCGCUAUAAGCUCUGGCUUCAGGAACUCUGGGAUCACAGUUGGCAAGAAAGGCAAAAUAAUGAUGGCUGUUCGCAGCACACAUUGCCUGGAAGUUCCUUUGUCCCAUCGAGGAACGGUAUUGGUGAGUGAGGAGUACAUCGAAUACCUUGUGCAAGUGGCUAAUCAGAAAAUGGAGGAAAAUGAAAAGAGGAGAGAAAGGUUUUACGCCGGUAUUGUAGCUGCUCUAAGUGCUCCAGAGAAUGCUGGACAACUGGAUGAAAAUGUGAGCACCCCUGCCUGUGUGUACGUUCGCAGAAGAAGACAGAAAGCUACCAAGAAGGAAGGAGGAAAUGGCGGGAUUACAACCCAUAAUGAUGGCGAGAGUGACCUCUCAUUUCUGAUGGGCACCGCAUGAUCAUGACGUUUUAAUCCUCAGAAUGAAAUUGAAGAAAACUGCAGCCCUUGCGCACAACACAGUUGGAGAGCCUGAAGGGCUCAACUGCUGUCUCCAAAAAUAAUCUAUCCAUCAACAAUUGAGAUAAUUUAAUCAAAGUUCUGAUUCUUUUUUCCCCAGUUAUAUGGGUCUAUUUUUUUCAGACUUUUUUUGGUGAUGUAAAUUUUAUCCUUAUUCAUUUAAAAACAAAAUGAACAUUUUAAGUAACAUUAGCCGGGUGAGACUCUGACACUUCAGGUCUAGUUGGUUGAAAAUUUCUGCAAGUGUUCAUUUGGUGAAGGCAACAUAAGAUGAAGGUGUUUAAAUAAUGUAUGUCUCACAUGUUCCUUGUUGUAUUUGAAUUAAGUACUUGAAAGAUGGAAACUUUUGCAGGGCUAUGAGAAAAGGGAAGGCGUGUGGGACUGAUUGACUCUUUCAAUGAGUCAGCACGGCAUGAUGGGGUUGAACAGCUUCUACUCUAUCAUUUGUGAAUAACGUGAGAUAGUGCAGGAAGUAAUAUAUUUGCUUGACUUUGCAAAUGCAUUCCCAGCGAAACGAGCUCAAUUAAUGUCGACUGUCCUUUAAGACACCAACAAUUCACAUUUAUGCAGUGUUUUUAAUGUGGUAAAACAACGCAAGAUGCUUGGUGUCAUCAAAUAAAAUCAGGUGCCAUAUUACAAGGAAACAUUAAAAGGUGACCAAAGUUUCGUUAAAGAGUUAGGUUUUAAGAAAUGUCUUAAAAAGGUGGAAAAUUCAGGGAGGGAAUCCCAUUAUUUGGAGCCAGAUAUCCAAAUGAAUAAAGGUUAAAGUGUGACAUGUUAUUUUACAGCAUGCACGCAACACUGCUUCCUAAAUCACUGCAUGUCCAGUCCAACAAGGAAGGAAGCAUUGCUUGAUUAAGUUCUGCAGUGGAAAUGGAACAAAUAGCUAAUGGGAAGUAGAAGAAAAUUGGGGAAUGGUGACUGCAACACAGUUGGGUUCAUUGUAGGAAGAUUGGGUGGUGAAGUAAUCAAGCAGGACAACUCAGUAACAGGCGAUUAAUUCUCCCCUAGGAAAUAGGUAAAGUAAACAGUACACGGGCUCAGAAAAAAAAGUGGGUGAGGGGCGUCAAAAAGUUCUGAUACCAUGGAUAAGUUGAGAGAGAGUGAAACUUAAAAGGGAAGCAUAUGUUCCCUGACAAGUCCCAGUAUUGUGAUUAAUAGAAAACUAGGAAGGACUGGUGCUUGCAUUGCACCCUUCACAACUUCACAGCCAAUGAAGUCGAUUCUGUUGGUGAUUUAUGUAAUUUUGGUUUAACUGGAGAGGCAGGUGUAACUUCUCAGGUCCGUCACAGUGCAAGAGUGGAGCAAAAGCCCAGAGGAUUGUCGGACCGUAGCUCUGGUUUGAAUUAUAAACCACUGUUGUGUUUUUGUUUACAAUGCUGAAGACAUUUUUGAGCUUUUCUUUCUUUUUUUUGUGAAGCAUGCUGGAGGUUUGAUGGUUCACUAAAAUUCAACAAGACAGUCACCUUCUUUCUAUUCCAAUUAUGAGGGUAAUUGGGCAUUUAGUGUCGGAAAUAGCAGUCCAUGGAUACAUUUCAGCUGCACAAUUCCAAAAAUAAAUACUGAGCUUACUGUUUGUAUACAACGUAUGACUGAUGGCUACUUAGUUUUGUUGUGAUAUAUGAACUUAACUUUGGCUUCUGUGCGCUAAAGCUGCUUUUGUUGCAAAAUAUUUAUUUGAAUCAAAAUACUGCCAUUAAUAUAAUUGUCCACUUGUGGGCUGUACCUGAAUUUAGUUUCUCCUCCUCUAUCCUUUUUUAUUUUUUUUGAGGUACCAAGGGUUGAGGGCCUUCAGUAAAUGUGGUGACUGGAGAUGGUGGGAUGGUUGUUAGAGCAGAGAAGGUUAAAGAGGAUUUAAUCAGGCUGUUCAAAAUCGUGAAAAGCGUGUGACAGAGUACGGAAGGUGAAUUGUUUCCAAUGGCAGGAGAGUCGGUGAUGAGAGGGACACAGAUUGGAGGGAAUUGGCAGAAGAAAAACUGCAGGGGAGAAAAUGAGGUCUUUUUUUUGAAACAGUGAGUUGCUGUGAUUUGUAAUGCACUGCCUGAACCAGCGAUGGAAGCAGAUUCAAUAGUUUCAGAAGGGGAUUGGAUCAGUACUUGAAAUAUUUUGUAGAGCUACAGCAAAAGAAUAGGGAAAUAAAAUUAUUUGGAACACUUGUUCAAUGAGCUAGCACAGACAUAAGGCCCUCUUUGUAGUGUAUAAUUCCACGAUUCAUCAGGAGGUAUGUGUCGUUUGAUAAGACCGACAUUUACUGUCAGUACAGUUUUUCUGGAGGCAGGAAUGGACUGCCUUCACUAUGAACUGGUUUGAUGCAUUGACUUGCUCGGCCCUCUCACAGGGAAGUUAGCAUUAGGUUAUGUUGGUAUGUGUCUCAGCGACAAACAAAGGAAGAACAGGUAAGGACGACAGGUUCGUUUUUUUUUAAAGUACUUUUGUUAAACCAAAUUGAGCUUUUAUGACAAUACAGCAGCCUUGUGGUCAUUUUUACUGGUAACAGUUUUUUACAUUUCCAAUUUUUUAAACUGAAUUUAAAUUAUCAAACUGUUCCAUGUAAUUUGAAUAGAUAUUCCCUGAUUAUUAAUCCUGGUGUCCAGUCAGCUACUAAAUUACUUUAAACCCUGAAUGGUAUUGUCUACAUUUUUUAAUAAAGGUUUAAAUAAUC